AUGAGAAGAAAUGUGGAUCAGAUUUCAUCCACGAUUCAGUCUCUUGAAGCUAUUGUUUUUGUUCAAAUGGCUUUGUCCCUUGACAUUAGUGGUAAAGCUCAGGGCAGUAUGUUUUCCCCUAUACCGCCUUGGUUGGAACAGAAACACAAGAGGCCAAAAGGAGCCCCAUUCGAGAAGCCACCACCAGAGCAUAAGCCUCCGGUGGAGAAGCCACCUCCUGAACACAAGCCUCCGGUGGAGAAGCCGCCUCCUGAACACAAGCCUCCAGUGGAGAAGCCACCUCCUGAACACAAACCAACCCCGUUGGAAAAACCUCCCAAGGGGGAGAAGCCACCAACCCCAGUUGGCAAACCACCUAAGGGAGAGAAUGCUGAGAAUGCUGAAGACUCAUAA